CGGGUCACGUGCCGCUGUUUGGCGCUUUUGUGAAGCACCCAGGUCUGUUGGUGCUCAGUGUGGCCAGGCGGCUCGGACCGAGCAGGGCUUUCCUUGCCAGUGGAUUGGGUAGCACACCGCCAGUCUCUUGUCUUCUAUUCACCAUGGCUUCCUCUGAUAUCCAGGUGAAAGAACUGGAGAAACGUGCUUCAGGUCAGGCUUUUGAGCUUAUUCUCAGUCCUCGGUCAAAAGAGUCUGUCCCAGAUUUCCCCCUGUCCCCUCCAAAGAAGAAGGACCUUUCCCUGGAGGAGAUUCAGAAAAAAUUAGAAGCGGCAGAAGAAAGACGCAAGUCCCAUGAAGCUGAGGUCUUGAAGCAGCUUGCUGGGAAGCGAGAGCAUGAGAAAGAAGUGAUUCAGAAAGCAAUAGAAGAGAACAAUAAUUUCAGCAAAAUGGCUGAAGAGAAGCUGACCCACAAAAUGGAAGCCAACAAGGAGAACCGGGAGGCGCAGAUGGCCGCCAAGCUGGAGCGCUUGCGAGAGAAGGACAAGCAUGUGGAAGAGGUGCGGAAGAACAAAGAAUCCAAAGACCCUGCUGAUGAGACUGAAGCCGACUAACUUGUUCUGGAAACUGACUCUCUCCCCUCCCCUCCCCUCCCCUCCCUAAAUAUCCAAAGACUGUACUGGCCAGUGUCAUUUUCUUUUUUCCCUCCUGACAGAUAUUCUAGAAGCUGAUGUAGGACCAUGUAGGUAGAUCCAGACCGUAAGAUGUUGUUUUGGGGGCUAAAGGGGAGAAACAAAAUGUUUUAAACUCUUUUUCUAAAGUGUUGGUCUUUCUAAUGUAGCUAUUUUUCUUGUUGCAUCUUUUCUACUUCAGUGCCCUUGGUGCACUGGGUUAAUGGCUAGUACUGUAUUGGCUCUGUGAAAACGUUUGUGGAAAGAGUACGUAGUGGCUCCAUUGAAAACUGUUAGAUGCUGAAUACCUGUUCACUUUUCCAUCCCGAUUCCGCCCCAAUCCUACCAGAUGCUUCUGUGCUUGAAUGGUUAAUGCACCACACAGUGCUGUGGGUAGCAGUGGCUCCUUUCUAUUCAGGUAGUGACAAGCUGAGGAGACCCUUCUGCUUCUGUUUGUUCCGAUGGGCCUGUGGGCUGGUGGGACACCCAGCAUGCUCAUGAGUUCGAAUUCUCUGAGUCUCUGCCAGCGCCCUCUGCAUUGUCUUCUGCACAAUCGUCACUUUGUGUCACUGCCUCAGCCCAGGUCAGCUGUUACUAUAUCCUUUCAGAUGUUUAUUUGCAAACAAGCAGUGUUUUGUUCCUGUGUCCCUGUUUAAAGAAAAAAAGCAGAAUAAAGAUGCAACUGGUGGUUUUGGAGAACAGUUUAGAGGCAAUCUUAAGGUUUUAGGACUAUUUGAUGGUUUGUUUGCUUAAUACUACAAUUGGGCGUGGGUGUGUAACCUAAUACUAUCUAUCCUUCCAUAUAUGCGAUGUCUUGAGAAUCGGAAUACUAAUAAAACUUUGUGCUGCUGUAA